CCUUUCUUCAAAGGUAAGAACACUAAGUGGUCUUACUCAUGAUUAAUUAGUGUAUCAACUGUUGAUGAACACUAAGUUGAAGCAAGCAUGCUCAAUUAAUACUCAUUGUUGAAAGAUAUAUGUUCAUCUUUAUGAUUUCUAGUUUUCCUCCCUCUUGUUCUUUGUUUCACUUCCACCAUUAGUUAUGCUUCUCUUGUUCUUGCACAUUUUGCUAUCUUUUCGGCUAAAUGGGGUUGUCUCGUCUCGUUGCACGACUACGACCACGUCCAAGACCUUUGAGAAAUGCAUGACGCUUCCUACACAACAAGCCUCCCUAGCUUGGUCAUACCAUCCCCACAAUGCAACUCUUGAUCUUGCCUUUUUCGGUAGCUUCAUCUCACCAUCAGGUUGGGUCGGGUGGGGCAUCAACCCAACGUCCCCCGAGAUGACGGGAACACGAGCAUUGAUCGCGUUCCCGGAUCCCAACUCAGGUCAAUUAGUCCUGCUCCCAUACAUUUUGGACCCGACAGUCAAGCUCCAAAAAAACCCCCUCCUCUCCCGCCCCCUGGACAUCCACGUCCUCUUGUCCUCCGCCACCUUAUAUGGUGGCCGCAUGGCCACCAUCCACAAUGGCGCCACCAUCCACAUAUACGCCACGAUAAAGCUAGUACCGAACAAAACCAAGAUCCAUUUCAUAUGGAACCGCGGACUUUACGUCCAGGGUUACUCCCCGACAAUCCACCCAACCACUAUAAACGAUCUUUCAUCGACAACAACAAUAGACGUCUUGUCGGGCGCAACCGCCAAGAUGCACAAUAACAUUAUGCCACUCAAAACACUGCAUGGCGCCAUCAAUGCCAUCUCAUGGGGACUCCUACUGCCCAUCGGUGCGAUCACGGCCCGCUACCUCCGGCAAAUCCAAUCCAUCGGGCCGGCAUGGUUCUACGCACAUGCGGGGGUGCAAAUUUUCGCGGUUUUCUUAGGAACAGUGGGAUUCUCCAUUGGAAUCAAGCUAGGGGAACUCUCACCAGGGAGGGUAUACGGCCUCCACCGUAAACUCGGGUUUGCAGCAUUCUGCUUGGGAUGGCUGCAGACGCUGGCCCUGCUGUUCAGGCCGAAAACGACAAACAAGUUCAGGAAGUACUGGAAAUCAUAUCAUCACUUUGUGGGAUAUGCUUGUGUGGUGUUAGGAGUUGUGAAUUGUUUCCAAGGAUUUGAAGUGAUGGGAGAGAGCAACUCGUAUGCAAAGUUGGCAUAUUGUUUGUGCUUGAGUACAUUGGUCGGGUUUUGCAUUGCGUUGGAGGUGAAUUCUUGGGUCAUUUUCUGUAGAAAAGCAAAGGAAGAGAAGCUCAAGAGAGAAGGGGUGCUUGGAGGUGGUUUUGAGAAAGGAAGCUGCUCAUCAAGCCGUGCUUGAGAUUCUUUCCUUCAUAUUAUAACUACAUUUCAAUGUUUUGUAGCAACUCACAUUUAUUUAUGCCCCCAUAAAUUACAUUUUCCCAUCCCAAUUAUGUCAAUUUUAUAUUUUAUUAUUUCAUUUAUUUUU